AUGCUGGGUUCCAGUACAAGAAUUAUGCUUUUUCUUCUUGUCUGCAUAGGAUUACUAGCAGACAACAGAUAUAAGGUCUCAGCCUUGAGAGAUAGAGAGUUUUUCCUCAGACAGACUCAAGAAGAUAAAGCAAGAGUUCAGCAGCCAGGAAUAAUCGCUAAGCUCAGGAGCAUCGGUUCUCAUUUCAGACACAACAGUGAAGAACAAGGAAUGCUCAGGGGAAACCAGCGGAUUCUCGAGGAAGUUAACAAGAAUAAACUCAAAGCUGAGAAGACGCAAGAAGAAAAGAAUAAGACAAAUGACUCAUUCCAAUCAAGCAAGAGACGUGUAAGACGAGGAUCAGAUCCUAUCCACAACAAAGCCCAGCCAUUUUNUUGA